AUGCUGUUCCCUUUGAAGGGAGACACUCAGCCUUCCAAGGCCAAGGAUGACGAAGCUGUCAUUGCCAGCAAUGGCUCUGACUCCGACGACUUCCGCGAGAUUGACCCUAACAGCGGUGUCAAGCGCGGCCUUAAGACCAGACAUCUCUCCAUGAUGGCAUUGGCUGGUAUCAUUGGCCCUGGUCUGCUUGUCGGGUCAGGCGGUGCCCUGUCAUCUGGCGGUCCGGCCUCCCUCCUGAUCGGAUUCGGUGUUAUUGGCAUUGUUGCUUUCUCUAUCAUGCAGAGUCUCGGCGAGCUCACAACCCUCUACCCCACUGGCGGCGCCUUCACCUCUUUGAGUGACCGUUUCGUCGACAAGGCUUUUGGUGUGGCAGUCGGCUGGAACUACUUCAUCAUUUGGUUCUGCGUCUUGGCCAACGAGUAUAAUGUCAUUUCCAGCAUCAUGACCUUCUGGAGUGAGAAGGUUCCCAUUUGGGGGUACUUCCUAAUCUUCUGGUUUGCAUUCUUGGCCUUCCAGCUACUUGGCGUUGAAACCUUCGGUGAAGCUGAGUUUUGGUUGGCGUUGAUCAAGAUCGUAGGGCUCAUCGCCUACUUUUUCUUCAGCAUCAUCUACGCUUCUGGUGGCGUUAAGGGCGCCCCGGCCAUCGGGUUCAAAUAUUGGCAUGACCCAGGCGCUUUCGCAGACGGGUUCAGGGGCGUUGCCUCUGUCUUCGUCUUCUGCAGCACUUUUUACGCCGGUGUUGAGGCUGUCGCCGUUGCUGCGACCGAGACCAGGAAUCCAGGCCGUGCCGUUCCCCUCGCUAUUCGUCAAGUCUUUAUCCGCAUCAUUGUCGUAUACAUGGGUAGUGCCUUCUUCUUCGGUCUAACCUGUCCUUCCAACGCUGAGGGCCUCAUCGGCGGCGCACAGCGUGCCCUCAGAAGUCCCAUGACAAUUGCCAUCCAGAAUGCGGGCUGGCAAAGCGGAGUUCACCUCAUCAAUGCGUUCAUAUUCAUCACCACUCUUAGCGCCAUCAACAGCUCCAUCUACAUUGCCAGUCGUACCAUCCUGUUCAUGGCUCAGGAUGGCAAGGCUCCCAAGUUCUUCGGCUGGACCGACAAGCGUGGUGUCCCAAUUCCCGCCAUCGUCUUCACCAACCUGUGCGGUGCUCUGAGCAUGAUGAACGUUAGCACCGGUGCCAGCAAGGCCUACAGUUACAUCGUCAACCUCAGCGGUGUCUCGACCUUCCUCGUCUGGGGAGCUAUUAGCUUCACUCACAUCCGCUUCCGCUCAGCUUGGAAGGCUCAGGGUUACUCAGAGUCAGAUCUCCCGUUUGUUUCUCUCUGGUAUCCCUGGAACGCUUACUUCGGUCUGGCCUCUAACAUCUUCCUGGCUCUGAUCCAAGGUUGGAAGACCCUUGCCCCGUUCAGCGCUGGCGAUUUUGUGGAUGCGUACAUCCUCCUCCCUCUCUUUGGUGUCAUCUACGUCGUCUACAAGUUUGUUUUUAAGACCAAGUUCUGGAGCUCUCUCGAGGUCGACCUCCAGUCAGGAAGGCGCAAGGAUUUGGACUCGGCAAAGUAUGCUCAAAAGGCCCAAGAUGUUGAGUCUUUGCCAUGGUGGAAGAAAGCCUGGAAGAGCCUCUGA